AACAUGCGCACAUGGAAUGAAAGCAAAGUUAUGCCCACUUUAGAUUCGGAACAACCCAGAGACGCAUGUAUCUGUCGUCAAUUCAUUGCUAUAAAUACCAAGCUUGUUUUACUGUUUCCUGAAAAGUUUUGUAAAUUUUGCAUCCUGGAAAAUGUCAACUUUCAAUUAUCUUGAUUUGCAGUACAAACUUUCCAAGAAGAAGAUCCUGCGAGGGCCAUCCCGGCUCUUCUCUUCACGGUCCAGACAGAAUUCUGGUCUCUUGCCUACCUACCAACCGAAUGCCGACGAGAUGAAGCGUGUCUUCGACAAGUUCGACUCCAAUAAGGAUGGCAAGAUCUCUCAGCAGGAGUACAAAGCGGUCCUACGAGCCAUCAGCAAGGAGAACCUGAUCGAGGAAGUCCCGCAGAUAUUCCGGGUGGCUGAUCUGGACGGAGAUGGGUUCAUCGAUUUCAAAGAGUUCAUGGAAGUACAGAAGAAAGAAGGCGGGAUAAAGACGAAGGACAUCCAGAGCGCGUUUUACACGUUCGAUCUCAAUGGCGAUGGCAAAAUCACGGCCGACGAGGUUCUGAAGGUCCUAGGGAGCCUCGGCGAGAGGUGCAGCAUUGAGGAUUGCCGGAAGAUGGUGAGGGCGGUCGACCGGGACGGGGACGGCGCGGUGGACAUGGACGAGUUCAUGACCAUGAUGACUCGGACGCUGAAAUCUAACUAAAAGGGGAGAACGAACGCUUGUGUUGUAAUAGUCCUUGUGCAAAUGUUCGCUCUUAGUGUCAUGGGCUCUGCAAAUAGCUGUUGUCGCUCUGUGGAAAUCGUUUCUACAUCUACUAAUGUAAAAAAAUAAGACUCUUCGAAGCUUGCCACCUCGUGA